GUCACAGUAUUGUGCCCGGGUUUCUUCCAUCAUACAUACCUGCACAACGAGAGCGAAUGAGAAACGAUCAAGAUCUCAAGACCGAUCUUAGAUUUGAGAAUCGAUUCGUCGAUUUAAUUGAAGCUUUAGAAUCGAUCUAGAAAAUCGAGAAUCGAAGGUAAAAGAAUCGAUUUUCUAAAAAAUCAGUCUUGGAUCGAACAUCUCUAUCUCAGCGAUCCUGGGCGUAAAGAGGAAGUAAGUUGGAGGUGUUUCCAAGUGUUUCUGUUAAGAAGAAGUCGUGUUUCACAUUCCAUAGUUUUUCUCGGACGAGAAUUUACGCCAAGUACUAUCCAAACAAUGGAUGCAUUUGGCGACAAUUUUGUCAAUGAACCUGAUGUAGAUCCAGCUGCAGAGUUCUUGGCAAGGGAGCAGGAUCAGUUAGCUGGUUUAGAAGAUGACAUUACACCAAUGGCUGUAACUCUGGCUGCAGCAGGUCAAACUGAAGAUGAGCUGUCUGGAAAAUUUGGAAAUUUAAAAGUUGGUCCAGGAGGUGAUGCUGAAGGCAGUUUUGAAAUUGUAGAUACCAUUGGGCAGUCUGUAGAAGGACAAAUACCAGUAGUGUCAGAACCAGCACCUCCUCCACCAAUUAAGGAGGAACCUGAAAAGAUUAAAAAGUGGAGGGAAGAACAAAAAGCACGUCUUGAAGAAAAAGAUACAGAAGAAGAAAAAAAGAAAGAGGAAUGGAGAGAAGCUGCAAAGAAAGAAUUAGAAGAAUGGUAUAGGCAUCAUGCAGAAGCUAUUAAUAAAACGAAGACUACUAACAGGGAAUCAGCCAAGAAUGCGGAAAAGCAAUUUGUCGCCGAGGCAGAUGAAGUUGAACCAGGCACUGAGUGGGAGCGCAUCGCCAAACUUUGCGAAUUCAAUCCAAAAUCGUCCCGCACUUCCAAGGACGUUUCCCGGAUGCGUUCGAUCAUUUUGCAAUUAAAACAGACACCGCCUACUCCCAUUAACGCUUGAUUACAUUAAACAAGUUAUUGUCGCAAUUAAAUCUUGAGAAGAAUAUGAAUUACAAUAAACAAGAAAAACUAUGAUUAAAAGAUAAAAAAAGAUAUAAUGUACGUCGUGAUUACGACAAUAUUAACAAAAGCAAAAUUCACAUAUGUUCUGUUAAAUAAGUAAUAUUAUUAUAUAUAAUAAAAGUUAUUAAUAAUAAAUACAUUAUAAAAUAUGAAUAUAAAAA